ACAUUUUGUUGACAGCUUGUCAGUUCCCUAAACACAGCAAAUAUCACAAAUUUUAACUGCGUAGCAUUAUAUCAUUUUCAUUUCGAUGAAAAUAUUAAUAUGAAGUGAAAAUAUCAUAGAGAUAAUAUCCCAGAGUUUUCUUGAAUAAAUGAUUUGAGGGAAGAAUCGAUAUUUAAUAUUUACAAUCAUUUCAUUGGGUAAACUUCAAUUCAAAGCUGAAAAAAAAAUGAAACGCACAAUGGAAAAUAGCCAAAGCUCAUCAACAUCAAAUACGAUUUCACCGGAUAAUGCGUCCAAGAAACAAAGAGAAACUUCUCUACCAAAUACAUCAGCCACGCAAAGUCAAAUGGGAGCUGAAAAUUUAAUGUAUUAUGAGCAAGAGAGAUUGAAAACAUUUGAUGAUAAAUGGCCAGAUCCGUCCAUCGAUCCACGUAAAAUGGCUAAAAUUGGAUUUUAUUUCGUUGGGCCAGGCAAUAAAGUAACAUGUCCCUUUUGCAAGAAUUUUUUUUGUAGCUUUGAAAGUUUUCAAAGUGCAUUAUAUAUGCAUGAAAGUUGUCCAUUUAUUUGUCGUUUCAAAACACCAAAUGUGCCCAUUGAACCAGCAUCUGAUUUAGAUGAUUUGUUACCACCAGCAAAACCUAAUGCUUUUUUACGUCCAGAUGGACGUGUAUUUUAUAGGCUUAAAGCAGUCAGAGACUAGUUUGGCCUCCUGAAAAUCAUUUAAUGAAACCAAAUGGCUAUAUGAAGUCCCAAUGUUGAAUUGAAAGAAAAGGAAAGAAAACUCUGAAACAAAUCACUUGAAUGAAAAAGAAAAGAAUGUUUUUUUGUAUUUUUUUCCAUAUUAACCAAUUUAAUGGAUCAACAUUUUUGUAUAAAAAUCAUUCGUUCGGUUUUUUACGUUUGAAAUUUAUCAAAAUUCAUACAAACAUUUACAACGUAACACAUUAAAAACGAUUUUAUGAAUAAA